CCAAGCGCCCUUCGACAAAGAUGCGUUGGCGAACCGGUUAGCCAGUCAGCCAUGCUUUGCUUUGUGUAUGGCUGACUAUGCUUGGGUUUUGGCACGACAGGUUACUGAACAGCUGCGCAGCUGUGAAGAGCAUCCUCGAGCUGUGGUGGUGGUACCAAGCACCAAUGACUACAGGCAUUUGGCGCGACAUUUGGUGAAAGCUGCAGAUGAGGUGGUAGAGGUUGGAAGCAGCCUAGGCAAAUGCACAGAGAUCCUUUCAAGCAGGGCUUCAACGGUUCUGGCUUUGGACGUGAGCCUGGAGCAGCUUGAAAUCAGCCGUGCGCGCGUCCCACAAGCCACCUUUGCCUUCCUGGACCUCUUUGAGGAGGCAGGUCGUUUGUUCGCGAUGCCCAUCGCUCACCGCUGCACUGCAUGCUUUCUGGAUAUCGGCGGCGAUCGGCGUUGCCAGCUGAUUGCGGUGAAAUCGGAGGAACUUUAUAGUUGCAUGGCCGAGUGGACUGGAGAAGAUGGGCUGGGAGAUGGAUUUUGUCUUGAAGACCCGCUGGAGUUCCUGCAACGUGGCAUCAAAGAAGAUGUGGCCCAGAGUGCCAAGGCCCAGUUGAAGAAGCAACGCAGGGCCAGGCGCAUCCAAGCCCUUGCCGAGAACCGGGCUCUAGCCGAGGCAGAGCCCACUGAGUGGUUCUCCAAGCGUGCGAUCCAGGCCGCCCAACCUCCACACCGUUUGCAGAGGGGCCUUUGCCUUGCGCGGAUUGGUGACGUGGAGGUCGGGAGCUGUCUAUUCCUCCAUCAUGAGCAGCAGCCGCUGUUUUUGGCACGGGCAGUGGCCUUGCUCUUCUGUAGCCGCACCGAAGCCGCCGAGCUGUGUGCGAAGUGCCAGCUGGUGAUACCAGUCUUCUGGGGCCAAGGUGGAGGAGAGGUGAUGCAACAGUUUUUGGGCUCAUACCAAUUCCUUGAGUUGUUGCCUGCGGAUCAUGAACACCACCAGGAUCCCAAUCUGCAGAGCUUUAUGGACGACCUCGCAGGGCCCCUUGCUACAUCCUGCUGCAAAUGCAGUUGGUUGAGAUUGACAGGUGCCAUCCGCAGCAUCCGUGUGAUGGGGAUUGGCUCCAAGAACUUGACCGACGUGGAGCGCGAAGUGGAUCAAGAUGCGAUUAAGAAGGUCUAUAGGAAGUUGGUGCUUCAAUGGCAUCCAGACAAGCAUCCCCAAAACAGGGAGGCAGCUGAGGAGAAGAUCCGUGAGAUAAACGACGCGUACGAGACGCUGAGCAAUCCGUUCAAACGGUCCCAGUAUGACAACAUGCUCGUGGCGCUGGAGCGGAAGGCCAAAGGCUUUCGUCUUGACACUACAAUGAUCAAGCCACGGAUGUCCAUUCCGAAGGAGUUCAUGCUGUCACCUUUGGGAUAUCCAGAUAAGUUUGUCCGGGUGGUUGGCAUGUCACUCUUUGUGCAAUCAAGAGGCGAUGCCAAAGCCGAAUUCUACGACUUCUUCAAGGAGGCGAAGUUUUCUCUCUGGUGGCUGCCUGAGGUGAACAACAUGUGCCGGAUCCGGCCACAGGCCACUGCUGGGGUAGGCCAGGAUGGAGGCUUAAACUUCAACUUUGCCCUCUCGCGGCAAGUCUCGGUCUCGGAGGUGAUCUUGAGCCCGGGGCAGAUGGCGGAGAGUGCACACUUCAUUGCGGUGGCCAGUGAUGUCUUCAAGGGCGCAUUCCGCUUCGAGUGCUACGCCUACCCGGGGCACUACCUGGCCUUCCUUCCGCCAACGCACUUGCGGGUGGUUGGAGGUACUGUGGAAGAGAAGACAGCCAUCGAUUUCAUGUUAGUGGACUAUGCCAAAAUGUUCCAGUACAUCACGGUGGAGGAGGUGCUGACUCCGGCCGUGACGAAGCUUGGCGGCCAGCAGAAAUAUGUGUCUCUGGACGAUCUCCGCCAAGAUAAGAACGUUCGGCUCUACUUCGAAAAUGUGCAGAAGAAGCCAAUCUGGGCUGAUGAGGACUUUGAGCUCUUCUUCGGCACCCGUGCCAAUGAGUGGGACUACGAUGCCCGAAGAGCCGAGGUUCGCCUACGUUCCAAGCACGAACAGAUGGCACAGCUGCUGCGGAGGGCGCGGAAUGUCGCCGAGGUGGCUGCAGCAAUCUCCGCUUCGUACGAGUUGGAUAUUGAGCGACUGCCCAUGGAGACCAUCGAGGUGGUCCUGAAAAGCUUGAGCUUGCCGUCCCAGCCCAUGGCCGAUGUGACGACCCAGAUCAACCACUUGGACGCACAGAAGAAGAUCCUCAUAGCGCUGCCCAAUGUGUGCGAGAAGAAGAACAUGUCCUUCAAGCGCACGUUGGAACUCAUUGAUUCCUUGAAGAGCUUCGGUGGUGAACACCCCGAGCUGAAGGUCCUGGAUUGGCGGCUCCGUUGCCAGAAAGAGCUGGGCGACAUCUUGUCCGAGAUGAUCCGUGAUGGGAAGGUCCCAAAGGAGGACCUGUCCUUCGAAGUCUUGCAAGAGCUUUGUGGGAUGACACUGGACUGGAGGACCUGUGGGGAGAAGCUCACAAAGGACGCCGCCAAACUGUGCGAGGGGAAGAGCUUGGAAAGCUUGUUGCCAUUGCUAAAGUCAUCAGUCAAGAUGUCUUAUACCUCAUUGGCAGAGCUGCUGGCAGCAAAAGCUGAGCCCUUCCUCGCCACGGGCAGCGAAGCGGUGGCGGAGCUCUUGGAGGCCAUGGUGAAUGGAUCCAUUCAGCUUGACACCAUCCCGGGGCGAUUACUGAAAGUCUUUCGCAAAGCGCCUUUUGCUACGGCUGCUGCGAUCAUUGCCGGGUUGGGAGAGAAGGGCCUUGAGGGAGAGGAGAUGCAGGCGUGUGCCAAGUCCUUGGUGGCCAGCCGUGAAGCUCUGGAGGCCUUGCAACCUGAGCAGCUGCUGCGGCUCACAGUGGCCGCAACCAAGUCGGAGCCAGUGGCCAAGGAGGCUUUGGAUGCAGUGGCAUCUGCUGCCGCCUUGGUCUUGAAUGCAUUUAGCUUGGAGGACAGCUCAGGGGUUCAAGAGCUUUAUGAGCGGGCAGCGGAGGUGAUUCCGCCCAAGCUCUCGGAGCUCUCCUCCGGGCAGCUCAUCAAGGUGGUCUUGGCGGUCACCAAGGUGGAAGCAUGUAGACCCCUGCUGGAGACAGCAGCGCAGGCAGCUGUCGCCAGGACUGCCGAUGUCUCUGUUUUCAUCGCAACCGGCAGGGUGGGAGAUGUCCAGCCCUCCCAGAUGAUGCUGGAGGGUCUGCUGGGACCUGAUCAAAUUGAAACCAGACGUAAAGAGCUGGAAAGCAAAGGCCCUUGGGAGAAGUGGCAAGGGGAUGAGGGCGAUGGGACCAUGAGAAUCAUUAGAAAGCAUGUGCUGCAAUCCCUUUCGUGCGAAGAUGGUGGCUCCUGUGAUGCCAAAGCACCAAUCCUUCUGGAACGCUGCUUGGCCGACAAGGCUUUCGGGAAGCGCCUCAGGGAAAUGCCUGAGGAUUUAAGCGAUGUCGGCAUCGCCAACCUGAAACUGGCGUUUCCGGAAGGAGUGGGCAGGCCCAGCGCUGUGGCACUGGUGCCGAGCCGCAAAACACUACUGUACAACGCACGGCGAUGCCGACAAGCACUGAAGGCCGCUGAAUACGGCAAGGACGAAGCUGCGCAAACGGAAGCUCGGGGAGGUGAUGGCGAGCUUCUCGCGCCAGCCAGGGAAGAGACCGUAGCCAUGUACACGCGGGCGACACGCGCGCGUACUAUCUAUCCGGCCAAGCCGCAGAAGCAGGCUGGCGGAAGCCGACGGCUGCCGGAGCAGGACGAGGCGCGCAAGGGGGUCGGACGCUGGCUGCUGGCUGAUGGAUACUCCAGCGCGGCCGAGAAGACUGCGCAGGCACACUCUAUCGCCGAGGACACCUCGCAGGCCAAACUGCAAAGAUUGGUGGCCCAGGCUGGACCAGACUUUGAGAAAAAGGAGAAGAUCUUAAAGAAGGAGGGUGUCCAGCUCAGCAGCUCCAGCAGCGACGGCGGCGUCCAACUCACGGGCCUCGUGGGCGCCAAGCCGGCAGCGCCGGAGGCGGCCGAGAAGGCAUCCGCGCCUGGACCAGGGCAGCCUCCAACCCUGGAGGCAGUGUCGUUGGAUUUGGAUGUGGAUGUACCCAAGACGGUCGACCUGGACAUAGCGCCUUGCCACUAUUGCGUCAUUGUUCUUGUGAGAUCAGUAUAG